AUGAAAUUUUCAACUGUUCAAUUUGCAACCAUUGCAUCUACUUUAUUAUCAAAAGCUUUAGCUGAUAUUGUUUAUGUUACCAAGACUAAUCAAGUCAUUGAAUAUGCUACUAUAACCGCUGGUGGUGAACAAGAAGCAUAUACUACUUCAUCAGUUGUUGAAAGUAUCGAAACUGGUGUUUCAUUACCUUAUACUUGGGUUUUUUCAACUAAUGUUUUAGGUCAAGAUAUCGUCUUUACAAGUGUUAUUUCAAAUGAUGUAAAUCAAGCUUAUAGAACAUUAUACGAAGAACAUGUUAUUGUUCAACAAGGUGAUUAUUUAUCAACUCAAACUUUAAUUGUUCAAGCAAAUCCAACUACUUUAGCUACUUCAACUUUGAAUAGUUCAUCAAUUCAAUCAAGCUCAGUUGAAGGUACUGCUAUUGCUGCCAAAUCAACUUCACAACAAGCUGAAAUUCCAACUGCUAUUGAUUCAACUUCUUCUUCAAGUGAUGUUGCUCCAAUUUUAACUAUUGAACCAACUACCACAUCAAUUGCUUCAACUUCAUCAGCUCAAGAAACUACCCCAUCAACUACUUCAACUCAAUCAUCAUCAACUUCUUCAUCAUCAAGUUCAGAUUCAGAUUUUGGCGAUGUUCAAGAUGUUUCAUUUGCUAAAGCUAUUUUAGAUGCUCAUAAUGAGAAAAGAGCUAUCCAUGGUGCUCCAGCUUUGAAAUGGGAACAAUCUGCUUAUGAUUAUGCUCAAGCUUAUGCUGAUCAAUAUGAUUGUUCAGGAAAUUUAAAACAUUCAGGUGGUAAAUAUGGUGAAAACUUAGCUGUUGGAUAUUCAGACGGUCCAAAAGCACUUGAAGCUUGGUAG